AGUUGCUUGCAGCUUACAGCCCAUGCAUGCUGGGAUUUUAUAACUUCAUUGAGACUUUCCGUCUGCCUCCUGUUUGAAUAUAGGUUCCUAUCUCUUGAUUGGAUGGACGUCUCUAUGGAUCCAGGUUCUGUUUCAACCAGAAAACUGAACCAUCAGCUCUCAGCAAUGAAAAUUUUCAGUCAGCUUUGGAUCUACCGAAGGUUCCUACUGAUUCUCUUCACUCCACUGCUUUUACUUCCACUGCCUCUCAUCAUUCGAACCAAAGAAGCAGAAUGUGCCUACACGCUGUUUGUAGUUGCGAUCUUUUGGCUCACAGAAGCUCUGCCACUGGGUGUUUCAGCUUUACUUCCUGCCUUAAUGUUCCCAAUGUUUGGUGUUAUGGCAUCCAAGGAGGUGGCAGCUGCUUAUUUCAAAGAUUUUCAUUUGCUAUUAAUUGGAGUAAUUUGUUUGGCCACAUCAAUAGAAAAAUGGAAUUUGCACAAGAGAAUUGCUUUGAAAAUGGUGAUGAUAGUAGGUGUGAACCCUGCAUGGCUUACGCUGGGCUUCAUGAUGAGCUGUGGUUUCUUGUCUAUGUGGCUUAGCAACACCUCUACUGCUGCUAUGGUGAUGCCAAUUGUAGAGGCUGUAGCUCAGCAGAUCAUGGGUGCUGAAGCAGAAGUGGAUGCGUUACAGAUGAAUUUGGCAACUGGAUCCACCAAUGAGGCAUUGGAACUUGAUGAAAGUGUUAGUGAAUGUGAAGCUAGUGACUGGAAAGAGAAAACAAAAGAAGUUAAUGGAUACAUCAAUGGUGAGGGUCACACUGAGUGCGAGAUUGAAAAGGAAAAGACUCUGCCCCCAGCUGAGACAGGAAGAAAAUACAGAAACCAGAAAGACCACAUGAUGUGCAAAGUGAUGUGCUUGUGUAUUGCUUAUUCUUCUACCAUUGGAGGGCUGACUACAAUCACAGGAACAUCAACAAAUUUGAUUUUUGCUGAGCAGUUCAAUACACGCUACCCAGAUUGCGAGUGCAUCAAUUUUGGAUCCUGGUUUAUACUCUGCAUCCCCAUCACUAUUAUAAUUAUGUUGCUCUCCUGGGUCUGGCUCCAGUGGCUUUUCCUUGGUUUCAAUUUCAAAGAAAUGUUCCGAUGUGGCAAGGAAAAAACAGCCAGAGAACAGGCCUCAGCACAGGUGAUUAAAGAGGAGUACACAAAACUUGGACCAAUGAGCUACCCAGAAAUCAUUACCCUUGUCCUGUUCAUUUUAAUGGCCCUCUUGUGGUUUACCAGAGAACCUGGAUUCAUCCCUGGAUGGUCUUCUCUUUUUCCUCAAUACCCAGGCUUUGCUACAGAUUCAACAGUUGCCUUAUUAAUUGGCCUCCUCUUCUUCAUUAUUCCAGCAAAAACUUUGUCUAGAACUUCAAAUGGAGAAAACACUAUUUUUGAUUACACUCCUCUGAUUACUUGGAAGGAAUUUCAGUCAUGCAUGCCCUGGGAGAUAACGCUUCUUGUUGGUGGAGGUUUUGCACUGGCAGAGGGGUGUGAGGUUUCAAAACUAUCAGCUUGGAUAGGAAGCAAAUUAACCCCUCUGGGAUCAUUACCGAUGUGGCUGAUUAUCCUAAUAUCAUCACUGAUUGUCACCUCAGUAACAGAAGUGGCCAGCAAUCCAGCUACCAUCACUAUAUUCUUGCCUAUACUAUCACCUUUGGCUGAAGCUAUUCAUGUGAACCCACUUUAUAUUUUGAUACCGACUACACUAUGUACUUCAUUUGCUUUCCUGCUUCCUGUAGCAAAUCCACCCAAUGCCAUUGUAUUUUCAUAUGGUCAUUUGAAAGUUAUUGACAUGGUGAAAGCUGGCUUGGGUGUUAAUAUCAUCGGAGUUGCUGUAGUUAUGCUUGCUGUCACAACAUGGGCAGUGCCCCUGUUUAAUCUUCAAACAUAUCCAAGUUGGGCACCAGAUCUUUCCACUGUGAAUAACACAGGGCCGUAAAAACUAACUGGCAAGGUUUUUGUGGGUUUUUUUACUCUUAUUUGGUGAGUUAGUAGAAAUGCAAAAUACACCACAAUAAUCAUAGUGAUCCAUGUUACUUUGAAGUCCAUAUUUCCCAGUCCCAGGGAUUGAUGAUCUGCUGUUCCUAAUCAGGAAUAAUGUUAUCCAAAUAUGGACUUUGCAAACACCAUGAAGCUUGAAUGUGUUUCUUAUCCAGGUCGUCUUAUUCAGAUUUUACUUGUACAGGUUGUUGAGUACCAUCUGUGAAUGUGCACAUUCUUUAUGAAUGACAAUUUGGCCCUGUUCUUAGGGUCGUAAAAUAACAGGAGCUAUCUAUUUUAACAUUUUAAAUGCUGUAGGAACAUUUGCUGUUGGUCUGUAGAACACACUGUAUUUUUGGUUGUUGGGGUUUGUUUGUUUUUUUCAAGUCAUAAAAUUUUAGAUGAUGAUGAUGAUUACAAAUGAAAGGUCAGGUUGGGGAUUGUCUGAACAAUCCAUUCACUGCCCUGUCCAUAAAUCUGAUCUUGUAGGAAAAGUACAAUCUGUGGAGAGCUGCCUGGGUAUUUAUACUACCGCUUUUCUGUCAACAUUUCUCUGGCCAUCCCCUCACUAUCUGCAGGGAAAAUCAUUUAGACCCCAGUUCAGGAAAGCAAUUAAGCAUUUAUUUAAAUCUAUCCCUAUUCAGGACUGUACUUAAGCCACAACAAAAUUUUUGGUGGCCUCAGAGUGCAGCCACCAACUCUUGCUGGUGGCCACACUGAUACUUUUUCCUAAAAUAAUAAAUUAACUUUAGGAAAAACAAAUAAAUAUACAUGUAUACACAUCCGGAUCAUUGUAAUUUAUUCAUGUAGGAUUUUUUUGCAGACUCAAUACAAAUAAUGCUGUGAAAAAUGAUAUUUGUAUGUUUGUUAAUAUCACUUUUCACAGGAAGUCCUGGCAAGGUAAGACCUGAAUGGAGGGGGUGAGGGUGAGGCAGCAGAGACCAGAGGUAUGGAUAGGGGGCUCCACCACCAUGUGGUCGGAGGUGUGGGUCAGCACCUGGGGCUGGGGGUCGGUGCCCUGGCCCAGCACCCACUGGAGCCCAGGGUCAUUCCCCCAGUUGUGUGGCCAGGGCCGGGACUCGGCACCCAGGGCUGGGGAUCAGCACCCACUGCCAUGCAGCUGGCGGUUGGCACCUGGAGCUAGCACUUGUUGCUGUGUGACUGGGCUGAGAGUCAGCACCCAGAGUCAGAGCCUGGGGUCUGUUCCCGCUGCUGCACAGACAGGGCUAGGAAUCAGUGUCUUGAGCUAGCACCCACUGGCACCAGCUGCUGCGCAACUGGGAUUGGAGGUCGACAUCCAGAGCCAGCAUCUACCGGAGCCUGGGGUUGGUGUCCACUGCUGUGUGACUGGGGCUGUGGAUCGGUGCCCAUGGUUAGCACCUGCUGGAACCCAGAGUCGACAUCCAGGAGAAGUGCCUGGGGUCAGCGGCCAGGGCUGGGGGUCAGAGCAUGUGGCCAAGGUUCGACUGCCAAUAGGUUUGGGGCUGGCACUUGGUGUCUGCACCUGCUGUCGCACUGCCAGAGCUAAGGGUCAGCAUCCAGAGCUAGCAUCCGCCAGAGCCCAAGGCCAGCGCAGGGGAUCUGCACCCAGGACGAGUAGCUGCUGGAGCUCAGGGUCAGUGCCUGGGGCCAGCAUCCAGGCUAGGGUAGGGGGUUGGCACACGGAUGGAGGUCAGUGCCUGGGACCAGCAGCCACUGGUGGGAUUGGGGGUUGGCAUCGUGUGGCCAGAGCCAGGGAUCGGAGCCCAUCGCCACGUGACCAGAGGUUGGAGUGGCAGCCCCAUGGCUGGAGCCCUGGUCUGCAGCCAGCCUCCCUAAGUCCCUGCCACCCAACCACCCCAGGGCUGAAGUCCGAGCCCCACUAAGCCUCCUUCCCCAGUAGAGAACUCACCUUGCUCCUUCAGCAUUGUGCCCUACCUGUCUCUGGAGACAUGCAGAGUGGUGCAACAGGGAGGAAGGGGGAAGGGGAGGGGCCAUUGCUUUGCCACCCUCUCCAUCACUGCCCAGGAAGCUGUCGUGGCCACAGGGAAACCCCCUGGUGGUUGCAUGUGGCCGCGGUGGCCACAUUUGAGAAUCUGUGACUUAAGCAUUUGCUUAAAGUUAAGGACAUACUUUAGAGUUGUCCUGGAUAGAGAUGCUCUCCUGAAUUGGAGCCUAUAAGAGUGAAGAAUGAACUAACAGAAUAAUUCUCUGCUCAGGACCUGUCAAAACAAUAGAUGCAUUCUUUAGAUUAAUACACAGUAUACAGUCCUGGUGAGUUAAAAUGCAACUCUCUUUAACAAGUUGAUAUCCCCUUCAGGAUAGGUACAAUUUUAAGCUUCCUAGACUGUAUUAAUGUUAGAAACAUUAAAAAAGCCCAUGUGAUUGAAGAGGAAGUUUGCAGUUAAAAGCUGUUUAGAGCUCAUUUACAUUGUUAUAAUGUGUUUUGCAGAUUAAGAGCUAAAACAUUCGCCUCUUAUUGGGUUAUAGUAGUUAGUGAGUUAUAUAUACCAUCAUCCAAGUGUUAGACUCAAGUCUACAUACUUGAGAUCAGGUCCACUCUUGGGGCUGCCUUACAAACAAUGUAUGGGAUGAUAGGAGUGUUUUUUCCCCCUGGGAAACCUCACAAAAAUAAGAUUUGUGUUUCUUCAGGUAAUCCCAGGAAGCAAAAUUUUACAAAGAUAUUUUCUUGGUAAAUUUAAAGAAAGGGGAUAUAUUGUCUUCUGCCAUGGAAAACAUGAAGUAAGCAAACCUCUUGUGCCUUUGCCACAAUGAAUGUGGCAUCCUUAGUUAUCCAUGGUUUGCAAUCCAAAGGAUAUCUAUUGUCUUACCAAGGCAAUUCCUUAUUGUCUAAGAGUCACACCAAGUGUUUUAAUCUUGAUAUAGCAGCACUGAUUGAAAUUGUCAUCUUGAAUAUGGCAUUGUGGCCCACCAAGUUUGUCGGUCUCAGCAUGCAAUACUCUGUCAAACCAGAAUGAAUCUCCUUGCAUGCUUGGGUACCUGUAUUCUCUCCAUCUUUAUUAAAGAAAAGGCUGACUGGUUACAUUUUGCCAGCCCUUAUCAGUUAAGACAACUGUUUCACUAUAAAACUGAGGUUUAGUUUGUACAGUAGAACUGUCAGCCUUACUGCUGUUUUAUUUAGAGGCUUUUAAUGAUCCCAUUGACAGCAUACAAAAAAAUCCAAGUAAACUAGAGACAGUUUUAAACAUUUCAAGAAAGGAUGCACUCUUAAAAAUUAUUUUUACCAGCAGAUUGCAUUUGAAGUGAAUAGUUUGCAGGGCGCAGAAGGGGGAAGUGAGAGUUGUACAGAAAAUAUAAACUGCAGUGAUUUGUUCUAUCUAUUUUUGGAUAUUUGAAAGCGUGUAGCAGAGGAUACUUCCCAAUGCCUCCUGACAUGCAUUCCUCCUACUCUACCAUGUUCUGGCUCUGGCUUGAAAGGGCCUUCAAAGAGUCCAUGUUCUUUAUGAUUAGGCUUGGAAGGGUUAGAUUUUCACUGGCAAAUGUCAGUAAAUAUCAAUUUCACUGUACACACACAAACUGAAGAAAAAAUAUUUCCAUCAGUGAUGAUUGAAAUUUACAGAUCGCAAAAUAACAAAAAUGCUGCUUGAGAACUUAUUAGUCUGAUUUAAAGAUAUUUACCUUGUAUAUUUUGUCAUGUGA